AUGGCUGGGACUGGCGAGGGGAAGAAAGAGGAGGCCGACUACAAGAGACUGCACAGCUUCCCUCUCAUCAGGCACACAGACAUGCCAGAGGAAAUGAGGGUUGAGACCAUGGAGCUCUGCGUUACAGCCUGUGAAAAGUUUGCCACGAACAAUGAGAGUGCAGCGAAGAUGAUCAAGGAGUCCAUGGAUAAGAAAUUCGGCAGCUCGUGGCACGUGGUGAUCGGUGAAGGCUUCGGCUUUGAGGUCACGCACGAAGUGAAGAACCUGCUGUACAUGUUCUUUGGAGGGAGCCUGGCCGUGUGUGUGUGGAAGUGCUCGUAGCACCUCCUCACUGCCCCUCCCCCUCUGACGUGGUCACUGGGCUGGAAAUGAACACCAGCUACCAGCCAAACGCUGGUUACUCUUUGUUGCGGCAGGUUAGUUUGUCCACACUACCAGCCACUGUGGCGGAAAAUAAAUCAUCAUUUGGAGAUCUUGUCCUGUCCUUCAAAAAUGUUGUUGGCAGGGGAAAAAAAGUUGAAAGGGAAUUUUGAGUGCGGCAGUCACUUUGGCUGGUAGGCAAAAAAACAGCUUCCUGCCUUGUAUGUCACUUUCCUUUUUCUCUUUGUUCUCAACUCUAUCCGUCUCUGAAGCCCUAUCCAUGGUCCUAAACAUUUGUCACAGUGCGUGUGCAAGUACGUAAGUUCAACUUUUACAAACAAUACAGGCAGGGUCUCCAAAGUCCUUUUAUCCUCAUUCCUCUUCAGGGAGCGUAUGUGUGAGAGUGAGUUUAUAUGUUUGUGUGUGCUGGACACACACAGUUUUUUUUAAAAUAACGUUUCAUUGACACCUUCCUCAGCAGUUUGUGCAACAGUAAUCCGUCCACGCCAUCUUUAACUUUUCACAUGUCUUUCUCUCUCUUCAGCCGCACUAGUCUUUCAAUAAAAUUUUUAAUAUUUUUUAUGUGUACAUAUUUUGAUGCGACUUGAAAAACUUCUUUUUAAAGACCAGUGUCAUCUUCUUACAACCUAAAGCUCUAAACUGUGGAGCCAAACACUAAACCCAAUCCACCUUUUCUCUCUCUAAAGAUGUUUGUAAUAAUCCUUAAGAAUAUCUCCCCGCCGGUGAUAUUAGCAAUGUGAUUGUUUUGAAGUUGAUGCAAGUUUUAAUGAUCCAGUGCAAUGGAUCAUUUUGUGUGAAUUGACCUGACUGUACAAUAAACUCUGAAAUGUGGUGAAAUAGGAACUUAAA